AGCGAAAUUCAAACUGGAACCAAACAUCCCAGAGGGAAGGGAUUCUCUACUGUUUGCUUGUUCGGCUUUAUGCUUUCCUCUGUCUUCUGAGAAACGAAGGGGUUCUUGUCGGCGUUGUUGGGCUGAUUAGAGUCGCUGUUGUCGCUGGGAAAAGGAGGAUGCCUGUGGAGAGGACGGAGAACCGCGGAGCCACAGAGCUUCACAAAUAUUAUGAAGUGUAUGAAACUAUCGGCUCAGGUGGCUUUGCCAAAGUCAAGCUGGGCCGACACAUCCUGACAGGAGAGAAGGUGGCCAUCAAGAUCAUGAAUAAAAAAGAUCUGGGGGAUGAUUUACCGCGCGUAAAGGUGGAGAUAGAAGCUAUGAAGAAUCUCAGUCAUCAACACAUCUGCAGACUGUACCAUGUUAUUGAAACCUCUACACAGAUCUUCAUGGUGCUUGAGUAUUGCCCCGGUGGAGAGCUGUUUGAUUAUAUCGUCGCCAAGGACCGACUUUCGGAGCAAGAGACCAGGGUGUUCUUCAGACAAAUUGUAUCAGCAAUGGCCUACGUCCACAGCCAAGGAUACGCACACAGGGACCUCAAACCGGAGAAUCUGUUGAUUGAUGAGGACCAUAACUUGAAGCUCAUAGACUUUGGCCUCUGUGCCAAACCAAAGGGCGGUUUAGGUUAUGAACUGAUGACGUGCUGUGGCAGCCCUGCCUAUGCUGCUCCAGAGCUCAUUCAGGGUAAAGCGUACAUUGGUUCAGAGGCUGACGUGUGGAGUAUGGGGGUGCUGUUGUUUGCUUUACUCUGCGGAUACCUUCCCUUUGAUGAUGAUAACUGCAUGAUCCUAUACAGGAAGAUUACGCGGGGGAAAUAUGAUAACCCAAAGUGGCUCUCACCAGGCAGUAUCCUCCUCCUCAACCAAAUGAUGCAGGUGGACCCCAAGCGCCGCCUGACAGUCAGACAGCUGUUGGACCAUCCCUGGGUGAUAAAGGACUACAACAGCCCUGUAGAGUGGCGCAGCAGGCAGCCGAUCGACUACAUAGAUGAAGAUUGUAUCACUGAGAUGGCAGUCAACAUGAAGCGGUCAAGAGAGAGCACCACAGCACUGGUGAAAGAGUGGAAAUAUGAUCAGAUCACAGCCACUUACCUGCUGCUGCUGUCAAAGAAGCAGAAGGGAAAGCCUGUUCGCCUAAACCGUGAGUCGGCCCUCUGCUUGGACUCUCCUCUGCAUCAGGGACUACAGAAAAGAGAAACUCUUUAUUACAGUGAAGAUGAGGAUGCAGUCAUUAUUGGAUCUUUGGACCUGUGCUCAGACUAUAUUGAUGAUUGUCCAUGGGUGUCAGUCCAACAGCACACACCACAGGCUGGCAAAACUCUGCAAGAUGGAAACAAAGAUAUGAAACUCGUAUCCCCGCUAGUGGAAAAUAGAGAAGUCCACGGCUUGGCAGCAGGAAGGACGGCGACUCCACAACGCAGUGAGAAGAGGGAGGGGCAUCAGGGACGAACCAGUGAGAACAAGGAGAACGUCGCUGAAGAGAAAGGAGUUGAAGCGUUUGCGCUGCCUCCACCCCGGACCCCUGUGUCCAGUAAGAAGAACGCACGUCCAAACAAGAACGUGCUGAACACGGCCAAUCGAAACACUAACAACAACGGUACCAAAGCCUGCCAGGCCACGCCCAAAGGCAGCGAGAGUACAUCAAAGGAGCACAACAAAAAGAGAGCUGCUGAGAACAAGGAGGCCACAAACCUGGAAGUAUUAGCCUUCAGUCCAGAGAGAAGGUCCAGGUCUUUGGACAUGGCUGCCACAGGAGACAGCGGGAAGAAGAAACGUGGAGGGAAGAUGUUUGGCUCCCUGGAAAGAGGCCUGGACAAGGUCAUCACCAUGCUCACUCCGAGUAAAAAACGGGCUCUGCGGGACGCUCCACGGAAGAACAAGGCUCAAUAUAACGUGACCCUGACCAGUCAGACCAGUCCAGAUCAGGUGCUGAACCAGAUCCUCUCCGUCCUGCCUGGGAAAAAUGUCGACUUCACACAGAAAGGGUAUACCCUGAAGUGUCAGACCUGGGAUGACUUUGGGAAAGUGACCAUGGCGUUCGAGCUGGAGGUGUGCCUGCUGCAGAGGCCGGAGGUUGUCGGCGUGCGGCGGCAGAGGCUGAAGGGAGAUGCUUGGGUUUACAAGCAUCUGGUGGAGGACAUCCUUUCUACAUCCAGCAUCUAAGCAGCGUUUUAGCUGUAUAUAGCUGCAACGCUGCCUCUUAUUGACACAAAAGACUUCUCUCUGAGCGGAAAUAGCUUAAAUAAAAUGAUCAUUGUUGGAUAUAUUGAUUCAGAGGAAAAUGUGUACAUUGAUAACUGUAGGUCAGCCGUGUCAGAAUCGUGUAAUAUGUAUUUUAAGAGCUUCUGAAUCCCCUAAUACUCUAUUAAGAUUAAAGUGAUUUCUGUCAGUUGUCUUGAUGCAUAUAAUACAGCAGUGCUUUGCUCUUUAUACCUUCCAGCUGUGUUUUAACAUAUUUUACCUGAUGUUUUUCACCCCAGAAGAUACAACACACAAGCAUUACAUUACAUCAUUGUUCUAUUUAAUGUUAAUGUUUACAGUCGUCUCAAUCGUUUUUCAGUGUUAUAAGUGUCUUGUUUCUGUUUUAUCUUUCAUUCUUAAUAUGUCAUAUUUUAAUUGUUUAAGGUGCAAAAAUAAAUACCUUCUCUU